AUGGACCAUUACGCUGGCAAACUGGUUGUUCACGGGCUUCGCAGCUACUUUCAGCUUAAUGCUGCUGCGCUUCGACCAAUCUGGAACAGCGAUCAUAUCCGUGACAUCCAUAUCGAGAUGACUGAAAAGGCUACACUACAGAAUCGCGUGCACUACUUUGACAGCGCUGGCAUAAUACGCGACGUCAUGGUAAAUCAUUUGCAACUGCUACUCAACAUUGCCCCACCGCUCGUGGUGGGGCAAUACGAUGAGUUUGCAACACAUUACCAAGACGAAAUGGGUCGAAGUCUGGAUGAAAGCGGCCACUUCACCCCGACCGCCGCGAUGGUGGAGCUCAGAAGCUCAUUGCAGACAUGGAGCAACUCCACGUUUCGCCUUGCUGCGGCGAAGGCUACUGAGAAACGAGUGCUGACAGUCGUGAUUACCUUCACACAAGAAACUUUCCCAGCUGGAAACUCUGCACCGUGCAGGCUCACCGUUACGAUCCAGCAAGGCCAUAAUGCUGACACCCGCCACAGCCAUAGAAUCGAAUGGUCUUGCGAUGUCAGCAACGUGCUAUCUCCUCUUAAUCUCCCAGAAAACUGGGAAUACUCGGAUACCCACGACCAUCGCGUUAUUACGCCUACCAAGCCCAAUCUGCAGACGGUCAAGGCGUCUUCGUGGGAUCUGGGCGAUGAAUUAUCGGCG